AUGGGCGUGAUAAACUUGGAUGAUGAAAGGAAAAACAAAUCUAAUGAUAUAAUUGAAAACCAAAGAAUCAAAAAUAUCCUAAAAGAAAUACUCCAGAUAACCAACAUUGAUAAAGCUAAUGAAUUCAUAGAUAAGUACAAAGUACUUAUAAAUAUAAAAUUGGAUACUGAAUCAAUAAUAGAUAAUUUUAUUUUUUCAGUAGUGAACAUUUUUUCUGGGUUUUUUAUUUUGGACAAUAAUUAUUUCAAAGAUCAAUAUUCAGAAAAUCAUAUAGGAGCAGUAAUAUAUGCUCCACUUUUCAAUAACUUAUUUCGUCAAGAGUGUUAUUCAAUAAGGCUCAAUGAUCAACUUUUGGCUAACAAGGAACGAAGAAAUCUUGGAAAUGAGGAGAGAGUUAGAUUGGCAUUGGUGCCUGACAUCAAAUUGACUUAUUUAAGAGGAAAUAUGGAAAUCAUUGUAAUAGAACACCAGAAACAAAUUAUUUUAGAUGGAUUAAAGAAAAACAAAAAAGAUACUACAAAGAUUACUAUAAUGAUGCAUGAUCUGCUGACAAAAAUUUCAAAAGACUUGGAUAGUAGAGAGCUAUCAGAUCAUAUCAAAAAUAUAAAUGUGUUUGGUGUAAUAACAUCAAGUAAAUAUUAUAAUAAUGGUAGAUCCAUAAAUAUUUUAUUAUAUUAA